AUGGGAAGCCGAUGGUUCUCUUUCAGAGACCCGGCGGCCGGAGAGGAAGGUGAAGGAGGUCUUGCUUGGAAAGAGGUAGAGGAUGUAUUGAACCAGAGCGGCUCUGGAUCCGGAAUCGCAAACUUUCUAUCGAUACCACCGGCCUGGAGUGAGAGAGGGGGUCCCGGUCGACGAUCGACGGUCGCUCAAGCGGACGAACAGGUCGUGUAG